GUGGAAUAAUAUUGACUGAGCUUUGACCAAAAGGUUAUCGGUGCUCACUGGCAAAUGUCCAGUAUUUGGUUUCGUUUUGUAGAGGACAAAACAGUUUGUUUGAAUCCUUCAUGAAGUGCGGUUAGACAUUAAUUUUUUCCAAGUAUCAGUCAUUAUACUGCUCAUAUGUUAUAAUUUCUCUGCAUAAUGCCAAGUGCACAUUUAAAGUUCCGCAAAGAAAUUUUGAUAUUUUUGAAAAUAAUUUCACUCGCAAGCCUUGCUACCGGACAAACAAAUCAAAAUAUAAAUGUUUUUUUUGUUAACGAUGCUGAUAACGAGCCGGCAGCCAAAGCUGUUACAGUCGUCUCGACAUAUCUGAAGAAAAAUCCCAGUUAUGGGAUAUCAAUUCAAAUUGACCAAGUCGAGGCGAACAAAACCGAUGCUAAAACACUUUUGGAAGCAAUUUGUUCGAAAUAUGCGGAGAGCAUUGAGCGUAAGCAACCGCCUCAUGUUAUAUUCGAUACCACGAAAUCGGGAAUCUCCUCGGAGACAGUCAAGUCCUUUACUAAGGCGCUAGGAUUGCCAACCAUCAGCGCCUCAUAUGGACAGGAAGGGGACUUACGCCAAUGGCGCGAUAUGGAUGAGAGCAAACAAAAAUAUUUGUUACAGAUAAUGCCACCGGCCGAUCUUAUACCCGAAGUGGUCCGCAGCAUUGUGCGGAAAAUGAAUAUAACAAAUGCGGCCAUUCUGUAUGACGAUACAUUCGUCAUGGACCAUAAGUACAAAUCCUUACUGCAAAACAUUCAAACGCGUCACGUUAUUACUGGCAUCGCGAAGGAGGGCAAGCGGGAACGUGAAGAGCAAAUCGAGAAAUUGCGUAAUUUAGACAUAAAUAAUUUCUUCAUACUGGGAAAUUUAAUGUCAAUUCGUAUGGUUUUAGAAUCUGUGAAACCGUCAUAUUUCGAACGCAACUUUGCAUGGCACGCUAUAACUCAGAGCGAAGGCGAGGUGAGCAGUCAACGGGACAACGCCACUAUAAUGUUCCUGAAGCCAAUGUCAUAUGCUCAGAACCGCGACCGUUUUGGGCGUCUAAAGACGACUUUCAAUUUGAACGAGGAACCCCAAAUCACGUCAGCAUUUUAUUUUGAUUUGGCUCUCCGUACUUUUUUGGCAAUCAAGGAUAUGCUACAAUCUGGAGCUUGGCCAAAAAACAUGGAAUAUAUUGGCUGUGAUGAAUUUCUGGGUGGCAAUACACCAGAGAGAAAUAUAGAUCUGAGAACUGCUUUUACAAUGGUUCAGGAACCAACGUCUUAUGGAGUGUUCGAAUUAGUCACACAACCGGGAAAAGCGUUUAACGGUUACAGUUAUAUGAAAUUCGAAAUGGACAUUAAUGUUUUACAAAUUCGUGGAGGAAACUCGGUGAAUACAAAAUCAAUUGGGACUUGGACCGCGGGAUUGGACUCGCCGUUAGUUGUUAAAGAUGAAGAAGUAAUGAAGAACCUUACCGCCGACACAGUCUAUCGCAUCUUUACAGUGGUCCAAGCGCCAUUUAUUAUUAAAGACGAGAAAGCCCCGAAGGGUUAUAAAGGCUAUUGCAUUGAUCUAAUAAACGAAAUAGCAGACAUAGUGCAUUUUGACUAUACUAUUCAAGAGGUUGAAGACGGCAAAUUUGGCAACAUGGAUGAGAAGGGUGAAUGGAAUGGAAUUGUGAAGAAAUUAAUGGAUAAGCAAGCAGACAUUGGAUUGGGUUCCAUGCAUGUCAUGGCUGAACGUGAAAUCGUUAUUGACUUUACCGUCCCUUACUAUGAUCUUGUUGGGAUCACGAUUAUGAUGCAGAGGCCGCAGGUUCCCAGUUCUUUGUUCAAAUUUUUGACAGUACUUGAGACAAACGUUUGGUUGUGCAUUUUGGCCGCGUAUUUCUUUACUAGUUUUCUGAUGUGGAUUUUCGACCGCUGGAGCCCAUACAGUUACCAAAACAACCGCGAAAAAUACAAGGAUGACGACGAGAAACGAGAAUUCAAUCUAAAAGAAUGCCUCUGGUUUUGCAUGACCUCCUUGACACCGCAAGGAGGUGGUGAGGCACCGAAAAAUCUUUCCGGACGUUUGGUGGCAGCAACUUGGUGGCUAUUCGGGUUCAUCAUCAUCGCAUCAUACACAGCCAAUUUAGCUGCAUUUUUAACUGUGUCCCGUCUCGAUACACCAGUGGAGUCUUUGGAUGAUCUCGCAAAGCAAUACAAGAUUCUUUAUGCACCGUUAAAUGGUUCAUCAGCCAUGACCUAUUUCCAAAGAAUGGCCAACAUUGAGCAACGGUUUUAUGAAAUUUGGAAAGACUUGUCAUUGAAUGACUCCCUUACGCCUCUAGAGCGCUCAAAACUAGCUGUUUGGGAUUACCCGGUUAGUGAUAAAUAUACGAAGAUGUGGCAGGCCAUGCAGGAAGCUCAAUUACCAGCAACCCUUGAAGAGGCGGUGGAGAGAGUUCGCAACUCAACUUCGGCUACCGGUUUCGCCUUCCUCGGUGAUGCCACAGAUAUUCGUUAUCUUGUUAUGACCAAUUGUGAUUUGCAGAUUGUAGGUGAAGAGUUCUCCAGAAAACCAUAUGCAAUUGCCGUUCAGCAAGGGUCACAUCUCAAGGACCAAUUUAACAAUGCAAUUUUAACCUUACUCAACAAACGACAAUUGGAGAAAUUGAAGGAAAAGUGGUGGAAGAACGAUGAGACGCAGGCCAAAUGUGACAAGCCGGAAGAUCAGUCAGAUGGAAUUUCCAUACAUAACAUUGGUGGAGUCUUCAUUGUUAUAUUUGUUGGCAUUGGCAUGGCCUGCAUCACAUUGGUGUUCGAGUACUGGUGGUACAAAUAUCGGAAGAAUCCUCGUAUUGUAGAUGUUAUUGAAGCGAACUCUGGCGGAAAAGAUGGCAAGACAAUCGAUAGCGUUAUUCUUGGCCAGGCAGGCAAAGAGUACGACAAGGGUGGUAAUACCGUGCUCCGGCCGCGAUUUCAUCAGUAUCCCACCACAUUUAAACCACGAUUUUAAACUAAAUAUAUACAUUCAUACAUACAUACAUAUCUGCACACGUACAUAUGUAUGAAUCAAUCAGCUUAAUGUACGGAUGGAUGUGGAGAUAAAAAUACUUUUUUACACCACAGGUUAAAAAAACACAUAUGUAUGUAUAUAUGUAGAUAUGCGAGUAUGCAAAUAUAUAUGUAUGUAUGUAUAAAUACACAUGCUUUGCUUUUGAAACCAAAUAUGCACGCACAUUUUUUAUAAAUCUUGAUGGCAUUUUAAUCAUUCAUAUUAUACAUAUAUGUAUGUAUUAGCGUAUACGCUAGUGAAAAAUACAAAUAAAAAUAUUAGUGUGUUAAUUUAUCAAAGCAAAAUUUCUAGACUAAUAUGUAUUUUUAAUUAUGCCUUGGAUAUCCAUUACGGGCUUACGUUACCACGACAGUCGGGUAAUCCGAACGGACCUAG